AUGGCGCAACUCGAUACUCUCGACCUGGUCGUCCUGGUGGCCCUCCUGGUGGGUAGCAUUGCCUACUUCACCAAGGGGACCUACUGGGCUGUACCUAAAGAUCCAUAUGCCUCAUCCGCCCCGCUGAACGGCGUCGCCAAGAGUGGCAAGACUCGUAACAUCCUGGAGAAGAUGGAUGAGACGGGCAAGAACUGUGUGAUCUUCUAUGGUUCGCAGACCGGUACCGCCGAGGAUUAUGCUUCACGUCUGGCAAAGGAGGGCUCUCAGCGCUUUGGUUUGAAGACCAUGGUCGCCGACAUCGAGGACUACGACUACGAUAACCUGGACCAAUUCCCUGAGGACAAGGUCGCCUUUUUCGUUUUAGCCACCUACGGCGAGGGUGAACCCACAGACAACGCCGUCGAGUUCUACCAGUUUCUCACCGGAGACGACGUUGCCUUCGAGAGCGGUGCCUCUGCCGAUGCUUCCCCUCUUUCGUCCCUGAAAUAUGUUGCAUUUGGUCUUGGUAACAACACUUACGAGCACUACAACGCUAUGGUUCGUCAGGUUGAUGCUGCUCUCACUAGGCUGGGUGCCACUCGCAUUGGCUCCGCUGGUGAGGGUGACGAUGGUGCCGGCACCAUGGAGGAGGACUUCCUGGCUUGGAAGGAGCCCAUGUGGACUGCCCUGUCGGAGUCGCUGGGUCUCCAGGAACGCGAAUCUGUCUACGAACCGGUCUUUAACAUUCUCGAGGAAGAUGACAAGUCCCCCGACGACGAGCCGUGCCAAGGGCCUUACUCUGCCCAGAACCCGUUCAUUGCCCCGAUUGUCGAAUCCAAGGAAUUAUUCACCGUCAAGGACCGAAACUGCCUGCACAUGGAGAUUAGCAUCGCUGAUAGCAACCUGAGCUACCAGACCGGUGACCACAUCGCGAUUUGGCCCACUAACGCCGGGCUUGAGGUUGAUCGAUUCCUUCAGGUUUUUGGUCUUGCGGACAAGCGUGACACUGUCAUCAGCAUCAAGGGGAUUGAUGUCACCGCCAAGGUUCCCAUCCCAACGCCGACCACCUACGAUGCCGCCGUCCGAUACUACAUGGAAGUUUGCGCUCCUGUGUCCCGUCAAUUCGUGUCUAGUCUGGCUGCAUUCGCUCCCGACGAGCAGAGCAAGGCCGAGCUUGUGCGUCUGGGCAGCGACAAGGACUAUUUCCAUGAGAAGAUCUCCGAGAAGUGUUUCAACAUUGCCCAGGCUUUGCAGAGUAUUACAUCUCAGACUUUCUCCGCCGUCCCGUUCUCGCUGCUUAUUGAGGGUCUGAACAAGCUCCAACCUCGUUACUACUCCAUCUCCUCCUCUUCUCUGGUUCAAAAGGACAAGAUCAGCAUUACCGCUGUCGUUGAGUCUGUUCGCCUGCCCGGUGCCUCGCACGUCGUCAAGGGUGUUACUACCAACUACCUCUUGGCGCUUAAGCAGAAGCAGAACGGCGAGCCCAACCCUGACCCUCACGGGUUGACUUACUCGAUUAAUGGCCCCCGCAACAAGUACGAUGGUAUUCACGUCCCGGUUCACGUCCGUCACUCGAACUUCAAGCUGCCCUCCGACCCCGCCAAGCCUAUCAUCAUGGUCGGCCCUGGUACUGGUGUUGCUCCUUUCCGUGGUUUCAUUCAGGAACGUGCUGCUCUCGCUGCCAAGGGCGAGAAGGUUGGCACCACUGUUCUAUUCUUCGGAUGCCGUAAGCAGGACGAGGAUUUCAUCUACCAGGAUGAAUUUAAGAAAUACCAAGAGCAAAUGGGUGACUCUCUUAAGAUCAUCACUGCCUUCUCCCGUGAGGGUCCUCAGAAGGUGUACGUGCAGCACCGCUUGAAGGAGAACGCUCCCUUUGUCAGCGAUUUGCUGAAGAACAAGGCCAACUUCUACGUCUGUGGUGACGCCGCAAACAUGGCUCGCGAGGUCAACGUCGUGCUUGGACACAUCAUCGCCGAACAGCGUGGCAUGCCCGCUGAGAAGGGCGAGGAGAUGGUCAAGCACAUGCGGAGCAGCGGCAGCUACCAGGAGGAUGUCUGGUCAUGA